CAGAUUGCUGUCCGGUGACUGGUGAGAGUGGCUUAGAGCAACGGGUAAUUACUAAUAUAUACUUACUUUUCAGUGGGCUUUUACCGUGUACUACACAGCAGUCCCAGUCUAUAAAUUCAUGCAUAUUUUCUAUUUACGUAACGUAAUGUGUCUGUAAUAAUUAACCGAUUCAAAGUUCAACCGUACAAAAUUAAAUUAAACAAUUAUCAAAAAUGGCACAUCCAUUUGAAAAACUUAAGAAAACUAUCAAUGUUAACAACAAGCAAUACAAUUAUUUCAACUUACCAGAAUUUGGCGUUGAGUAUAACCAACUGCCAUUUUCUAUCAGAGUUCUCCUCGAGUCUGCUGUCAGAAACUGUGAUAAUUUUCAAGUCACUGAAGCAGAUGUUGAAAAAAUCUUGAAUUGGAAAAUCAACCAAACUUCUGAUGUAGAAGUCUCGUUUAAGCCGGCUAGAGUGAUCUUACAAGAUUUCACUGGAGUUCCCGCUGUGGUGGAUUUUGCUGCUAUGAGAGACUCCGUCAAGAACUUAGGCGGUGAUCCAAACAAAAUUAACCCAGUUUGCCCGUCCGAUCUGGUUAUCGAUCACUCCAUUCAAGCUGAUUUCGUCAGAGAGGCCGAUUCUCAGCAAAAAAAUGAAAAUCUUGAGUUUGAACGUAACAAAGAAAGAUUUACAUUUCUCAAGUGGGGCGCCAAAGCUUUUAAGAAUAUGUUGAUCGUUCCACCCGGAUCUGGAAUUGUGCAUCAAGUCAAUUUAGAAUAUUUAGCCCGUGUUGUUUUCACCGACGGAGAUACUUUAUAUCCAGAUUCUUUAGUUGGAACCGAUUCGCACACGACAAUGAUUAAUGGAUUAGGUGUUUUAGGAUGGGGAGUCGGAGGUAUUGAAGCUGAAGCAGUAAUGUUGGGCCAAGCUAUUUCAAUGUUGCUUCCUCAAGUCCUUGGGUACAAGAUAACAGGAAUUCUUAACCAGUUUGCAACAUCAACUGAUUUAGUUCUAACUAUCACAAAACAUUUGAGACAAAUCGGAGUAGUUGGCAAAUUUGUUGAAUUUUUUGGACCUGGAGUCGCUCAACUGUCUAUUGCCGAUCGAGCCACUAUAAGUAAUAUGUGUCCCGAGUACGGAGCUACUGUGGGUUUUUUCCCAGUCGAUGAGAACACCCUUUCUUAUUUAAAACAAACGAAUCGUAGCGCUGAAAAAAUAGCUGCAGUUAAAGCUUACCUGGAAGCUUCUAAAAUGCUAAGAAAUUAUGAUGAUCCUUCUCAAGAUCCAGUUUUUAGCCAAGUUACAAAUUUGGACUUGGGGGACGUUGUUCCAUCAAUAAGUGGUCCCAAGCGACCACAUGAUCGUAUUUCAGUUUCUGAAGCUCAAAAAGAUUUCCAAAGCUGUCUCACAAAUAAGGUUGGUUUUAAGGGAUUCAACAUCAGUCCGGACAAACUUAAUGCUACUGGGGAAUUCGAGUUUAAUAAUCAGAAGUACACGUUAAAGCAUGGAUCUGUGGUUAUAGCUGCCAUCACUUCGUGUACAAAUACCAGUAACCCUAGUGUUAUGCUUGGAGCUGGUCUUCUUGCUAAAAAUGCCAUAGAAGCUGGUUUGACGGUGGCCCCAUACAUCAAAACCAGUCUUUCUCCUGGAUCAGGAGUAGUGACUUAUUAUUUAAGGGAGAGCGGUGUUAUGCCUGCUUUAAAACAAUUAGGAUUUGACACUGUCGGAUUCGGUUGUAUGACUUGUAUCGGAAAUUCUGGACCUUUACCAGAGUCCGUAGUCAGCGCUAUUGAAUCGAAUGAUCUUGUUUGUUGUGGAGUACUAUCGGGUAACAGAAAUUUCGAGGGUCGUAUUCAUCCGAACACCCGUGCAAAUUACUUGGCUUCGCCUUUGCUUGUUAUUGCAUAUGCUAUUGCUGGACGCAUCGAUAUCGAUUUUGAAACUGAACCAAUUGGUGUGGAUAAAAAUGGUAGUCCUAUAUUUUUGAGAAGCAUUUGGCCUUCCAGAGAGCACAUCCAAACCAUUGAAAAAAAAACUGUAAUACCAGCAAUGUUCCAAGAUGUUUACGCACGCAUCCAAACCGGCUCCAAUGCUUGGCAGUGUUUGCAAGCUCCCGACGGUCAACUAUACCCUUGGGAUUCAUCAUCGACAUACAUAAAAAAUCCUCCAUUCUUCAAUGGCAUGACUAAGACCUUACCUGGUGUUAAAUCAGUGAAAAAUGCACAUGUAUUGCUUUACCUUGGCGAUUCAGUAACAACUGAUCACAUAAGUCCUGCGGGAAGUAUUGCCAGAAAUAGUCCUGCAGCUCGUUAUUUGGCUUCAAAAAACAUCACACCUAAAGACUUCAACUCGUACGGUUCAAGGCGAGGAAACGAUGACAUCAUGGCUAGGGGAACGUUUGCAAACAUACGAAUCGUAAACAAAUUAGUCAAGAGUACUGGACCGAAAACUUUGCACAUUCCAAGUGGACAAGAGCUCGACGUUUUUGAUGCUGCCCAACUUUAUGCCCAAGAAAACCGAUCGCUGAUCGCUAUCGUUGGCAAGGACUAUGGAUCGGGCUCGUCCAGAGAUUGGGCAGCCAAAGGACCAUUUUUGCUUGGUAUUAAAGCUGUUAUUGCUGAGUCUUACGAACGCAUUCAUCGUUCAAACUUAGUCGGUAUGGGAAUCAUUCCGUUGCAGUUCCGUACCGGUGAAAACGCCGAAACUCUAAAAUUAACUGGUCAAGAAGUUUACGACAUUGACAUUCCACAAGAUUGCAAACCAUUGCAAGAGAUUCAAGUAAAAACAAAUACUGGUGUGUCGUUUAAUGCUAUCUUACGUUUCGACACAGAAGUAGACAUUUUGUAUCACAAAAACGGUGGAAUUUUGAACUACAUGAUUAGAAAAAUGCUUUAAUCUAUAUUUUUUUGUCGUUUAUUAAUAUUAUAAAGUAAAUAUUCAUGACAUUCAUUCAUUUUAUUUAGAUUUUUUAUUUUUAUUAUCAAUCAGGUAAGGUCAUUACUUAAUUAUUAUGUUUUAGAAUGAUAUUGUACCGUAAUCAAAUAUUUUUAAAUUUAUAUGUGUUGCCAAUAUUUAUAUUUUGCAUAAUCAGUAUGUUAUUAUUUUUUUUUUUUUUG